AUGAACAAAAACAACUCGGCAGCCGCUCCCUCUCAUAAAAAGAAUUCAUCUUCCUCUUCAUCAUCGGGUUCAAAAUUCAGAAAUAAAUCAUCCAAGACAGCAUCAUCAUCACAUAAACAACAUCAAUCUGAUGGUAGUGGAAAUAACAACACGGGAAGAAACCCUAAGUACAACAACAAAAAGAAGAAUGAGGCUGUAAAACGUUUACACUCUGAACGAGAGGAUUCUGGAAAAGCAGCUACAAGUACUUCUCACUCUGGAAAGUCAGGAAGUGGUGGAAUUGCUGAAUAUAAAAAACGAAAAUACAAGGAAGAUAGUAAUGUGAUGGCAAAGAGAGCACUUGAUGAAUUUCUCAAAUUGGGCAAAAAGAAGAGAAAGCAAAAAACAGAUAUUCUAGAAGAGGUGCUUCAUCAUCUCCAAGGAAGCAUUAGCAGUGUUUCAUUACGUUCUGAUAUGAGUCGUUUAUUGCAAGCUAUUCUCAAGUAUGGUACUGAUUCACAACGAAAAUUGGUAGUUGAUGAAAUUAAGAAUGAUCUUCGUGUCUUGUCAAGCAACAUUUAUGGACACCAAUUGGUCAAGAAGGUUAUGAAAUAUCAUGCUCUAAAGAUUAAGGAUGAUAAGGAAAGAUUAGAAUUCUACAAGGAAGUAUUCUUUGGAAAUAUGAAGACUAUGAUUCAACAACGAUUCUCUGGUGAAGUUCUUGACUAUUGCUACACUCGGCUAUGGAAUUAUACUGAGAAGAGAUUUUUCGUUCAAGAAUUUUAUGGAUCAGAAUUUUUAUGGACAACAGAAGAAAGUAAGAUGAACGAUUCACUUAAGGACUCAAUAUCUUCAAAUAGGGAAGGAGCAAAAUCAGUCAUCGUUUCAGAGCUGAAUUCUAUUGUUCAAACAGCAAUUCAAAAGAGAUUGAUUGACUUGACCAUUGUUCAAAAACUUAUCAUUGACAUUUUUGAAUGUGGUGAAAGCUCCCAUGUCAGAUUCACACUCUACGACUUGAUUGAAUGCAAUGCCAUCCCUCUCAUUCUUCAUACAUUGCUCGGUUGUAAAAUUUCUCUUCUCUGUAUUUCAUACGCCAACGAAAAGGAAAGAAAGAUGAUUGUGAGAUCAUUAUCACGAUCCAAAGUCGAUGUUGCAUCUGCAGAGGAAGCCAAUGCUGCUGGAGAGGCUGAAAAUGCUACAGAAGACAAAUCCAAAGAGGACGACCUCAUUAACAAUGAUCCCCACAAUUCAUUGGCUGUUUUGGCUGCUCAGGACAACUUUGGAUCGGUGGUUAUUUCGUACUUGUUCAAAUGCAUUGACGAUACUGUUUUACUGAACCAGAAAAUUUUGAAACAUUUCAGAAAAAUCUUACCUGAGUUAUUCAUUCAUGCUCAAGCGAGUCGACCAAUUCUCUACCUUCUAACGGGAAAUUCCAAGUGUCUGUGCAACAGCGAGGGUAUUAAAUUAUUCGAUCAUUUGGAGCUUAGAAAGGAGCUAUUGAAGGAUGGAGUUGUCAGUAAGAAGGGAGCAGAAAAGAUUCGACAUGAGCUUCUGCUUUCUUUUGGACCUUCUCUUGCGACUGCCAUUUGUGAGAAUAUGAAUGAAUUAUUGACCAAUCAACAUGGACAUAGCAUCUUAAAGGAAGCAGCCAUUCUCUAUCCAGAAAAUAAGGACUUUGAAAAUGUUGCCAAAAAAUUGCAAGAUCUCAUUCAAAAGACCACGAUUGAUUUCUCUAAUGCUCUCACUAAAACCACCCUUUCGUAUGCAAUUAUGGAGAGUAAGGAGGGAGGUUUUUGUGACAUGAUCUUUGAGGUUGUGAGGGGUAAAUGCAAGCAAUACAUUUUCGAAAAGAAGGCACCCUACAUUGUUUCUGCCUUACUUAAAACACGACAUGGACGCUCUGUGUUUGAUGAAAUUGUGAAGUUGAAAGCAAAGAUUGAAGAGGAAAAAACAGACAAGAAUUUCAUGUUUUUAGCAAAGGUUUUAGCAACAAAGCAGGAAGAAUACGAAAGUAAAUAA